AUGCUGAAUAACUAUUUCAGCAAAAUUAAAAAGAAGAGCAAUGACAAUAAAGCUCUAGCAAUCAAGGAUAAUAUGAGAAGCAAAAAUGUAAAUAAAACUACAGAACUUAUCAGUAAUGAAAUCCUAAUGAAUAAGAACAGUAAAUUGUCAAAUAAAGGAAGUAACAAU